AUGGAAGCUAUAAAGCUGCGGCCACAAAUCAUCGAUGUGGACAAUGGCGAGAAAUUCGAUCCUGUGGAUCAUGCGCAUGAGGAAACCGAGUUGACUCUAGAGGAGAAUCAAGCGAAGCCGGAAGCUGAGCAAGCACAACCAGAGGAACAGCAAAAGGAAACUGAGUUGGAAGCCGACCACAUUCCGGCCAUCCUUGAGCCAGAGCAGCCUGAAACAGUUGACGAGGCAGCAGCUGAGCAGGAACAACACCCCGUCGAGGAACAGCAGCCAACAACUGGAGCUCAGCAGCUGUUGACACCAGCCGAUGUGGCUACCGAAGCCAUGGAAGCUGUGGAACACGAGACUGAAGCACAAGAACAACAGCAGCACGAUGAGGUGGCAUCUACGAUAGGCACGGCGCCCAUUGAGAAGGAGGAGGAGAUCAGCAGCGAGACUGAUGUGGCGGCAGCCACAGAGCAUUAUCAGCAGCUGCAGCUGGAGGAUGAGAAGGAGCUGACGACUAGCGAUGCUGAUGAUGAUUUGAUACCCGUGCAUGGCGAAGAGGUGGCGGAAAAUGAAAGUGCAACCAAUGUGCCACCAAGGCUGCCAGAGAUAGAGCCUCUGAACGUUGAGCAGGAGGAGGUGGAGCAAUCGGGCGAUCAUGAGAUGGAGACGGAGCUGGCGCCUCAGGCAGAGGCGGAGAUAGAGGCUGAAGCACAGGAGGAAACCAAGGCAGAGGCAGAGACGGAGACACGGCCACAACAAGCUGACGUCACAGCAGUCAAUGAUGAUGAAGAAGUGCAGCCAGCCAAGCAGGCAGAAGAGGAAGAACAGCAACACGACGAACUGCAGAUCGCAACAGAAGCAACCGAAAUUGAGGAGCCAGCGAAACUGAUGGACAGCGAAAGCCCAGCAGCCACAAUUGGCAAUGAAGCAACGCCAGAGUCAGAGCCAGAAUUGGAAAAGGAAAAUCAAGUGGUAGAGGAGACAGAGAAACCUGACCAAGCUGCUGAAGCCGCAGAAGUCGAGGUGGCAACAGAAGCCGCGGUAGAGCUUGAGAAUGCAACUGAAAUCGAGACAGAAACAGAAACAGAAACAGAAGCAGAUGCGGAAGAGGAGAAGGAGAAGGAGACGGUGGCAGAGCUGGAGCUGAAGCUGGAGACUACAACCGAUCAGGCAGAACAAAGCGCCGACAUUAAGCCGACAAGUGGCGAAGAUGAUUUAAAUGAAGCCAAUCAAUUAAAUCAAGAGCAAAUCGCGGAGCAAAAACCAGACGAAGCCGAAGCUGAAUCAACAACUGAGCAGCAAGUGAACGAAGAGCCGGCGGUGCAGAAUGUGGAACAUGAGAUAGAGACAGAAAGCCAGACGGAGCUGGCAAUGGAGAUGGAGCCAGCUGCUGAGGUGGAGGCAAUCAGCGAAGCGCAACACGAAGAAUCGACUUACCCAACAAAUGAUGAUGAAUUGGCGCCAGAGCAAACCACAGAGCAGGUGGCCACAGCACAAGACGAAGAGCUGGCACAUGAUGAGCAGGAGCUGGAGGAGACGGCGGCAACAACAACUGAACCAGAAAUUUUGCAGCAGCCAACAGCAACAGUGUCGCAUGUGGAUGAAGUCGAGGAGCUGGAGUCGCAGCAUGCAGAUGAUGUUGAAGGUGUGGUAGACGCUGCCACUGAAAUACCGACAGAGGCAUUGCCAAUUAAGCACGAUGAGCUGCAGGAAACCGGCGACGCUUUGAAGGAAACCGAACUCAAUAUCAAGACGGAAACUGUCACCGAACGCAGUGAAAGUGGAGAGCUAGCUGAAACGGAAAUGGACAAAAAUGAAAAUGAUAAUAUCAUACAAGGAGCGGAGCCAAAUGUGGACCAGCAGCCAAUCAAGGCCACGUCAGCUGAGGCGGAGUCUGCAACUGAGCAACAGAUCAAGCUAGACGAAGCGGAGCUGCAGCAGCCAGAGGCUACCAUUGACGAGACUAGCAUGGAGCAGACGAAGGAAGAGUUGGAGAGUGUCCAAGCAGAGACAGUGACCGAAGCAGCCGCUGAAACGGAGCCGGCAGCCACACAGCUGCCUGAGCUGGUCGCUGAGGUACCAAUUGUCAGCGAGGAACAGACCGCAGAUGACUUCAAGGAAAGCGAAAGCGUUGCGGGCAUACUUAACGACCUGAUGCUAGAGGGCGAUAGCACAGUGCCUCCAGUGCCGUUCGGAGAACAGCCAGCGCAAACCAUGCCUAUGCCAGCAGGCGAGAAGCCAGAGAACAUGGACGAGGAUCAGGAUCAGCAGCAGCAGCACCUGGAGGAGACAGAAGUGCCAGCCAUACCCGAUUUGCUAGCAGAGGCCGAUGAACUGCACGAGCAGCAGGAGCAGCCCGAAGACAUGGAAUCAGAAGCAGUGCCUGUUACUGAAACAGCCAGCAAUGAGCUGGAGGACAAGCUAAUUACCUUCUAUCCCGAGGUGCCAGUGGAGCAGGAGGGUCAGACAGCAGUGACAGCUGAGGUGCAGCCAGAGUCAACCACAUUCGAGACGGAAACUGAAGCAGAGCCAGAACGCACAUUGUCACCCGAAGAGCUGCCCUUCGACCUGAGCGACAACUCUGGUCCGAUCAGGCUGCAGGAACUCGAGUCGGACAGUCUGAUUGUGGAGUCCACCACGCUGGACACACAGCUCGAUCAGAACAAUCACAUUGAGGAGGUGAAUGCGCCCGUCAGUCAAACCGACGAGGAAGCCACGCCCAACCCGGCAGACAUUGUUGAGAUCACCACACAAACAAUGCUCGGCUUGGCUAGUCGUGUCACGCUCAUGGAACCCGCGGCUCCAGUGGUGACUACCCUGAAACCUCUGAUGACAUCAGAGGAGGCCACACCCCUGCCAGCUGUCAGCUACCCAUCUGAGAUUCCAAUUGUUUCCCUAUUGAGCGGUAAGCCGGGCACGGAACUGCGCAAACGCGUCGACCUGGGUCUGGAAGCCAUCUCUCUAGGUCUGCCCUGUGCCAACGAUCGUCAAUGCCAGCUGGCUGAUCCUCACACAGUGUGCAAUGCACGUGGCGUUUGCGACUGCGCAGCAGCCAGUGGGGCACAGCAGGGACAAUGCAGUGCUGAGCGUACAGGAUGCAGUCCUGGCACCUUCCAGUGCCGCUCGAGUGGCGUUUGCAUUUCCUGGUUCUUCGUAUGCGAUGGACGUGCCGAUUGCAACGAUGAUUCCGACGAGGAGUGCACCCACAAUGCCCGCCUCAAUCAAACCUGUCCAGCGGAGGCGUUCCGUUGUGAGCGCAGCGGCCGUUGCAUCUCCCGUGCGGCGCUCUGCGAUGGACGCAAACAGUGUCCGCAUGGCGAGGAUGAGCUAGGCUGCGAUGGCCAGCUGAAGGGCGGCAAUAGCUGUCCGGCGCACACUUUCCGCUGCAAGAGUGGCGAAUGCCUGCCCGAGUACGAGUACUGCAAUGCGAUCGUCUCCUGCAAGGAUGGCAGCGAUGAGCCGCCACAUCUGUGCGGCUCCCGUGCCAUGCCCAAUCUAUUCAUGCGCCUCAUCGAAGCGGGCGGCCUGCUAGCCAGCCGCAGAGAACCGGAUGCCUAUUGUCCGCAUCGUUGCAGCAAUGGACUCUGCCGCUCCACAGCAAUCGUAUGCUCCGGACGCGAUGGCUGCGGCGAUGGUACCGAUGAGCAAACCUGCGCCGUCUGCCGUUGCCCGGCUCCAACUGCUGCCAGUCUGCCAACCUAUUUGGCCAGACAUCGCCCCAUGCCGCUGUGGUAG